UUUCGACAUUCUUUUAUCUGGUUUUUUAAAGCCCUCCGGGCUCCGACACCGAGGCCCAGAGGUCCGAAUAUCUUCUCCUCAAUAUUCCGUAACCAAAGCUUCAAAUUUGAAGUCCGUAACGAUCUCCAUUGAUCCUGUGAAUAAUAUUUCAUUAUUGUUCUCUUCCCUCCACUCCAUUUGAUCCCUCCUACUUUUUUCCUGUUCAUUGUCUAGGGUUAGGGUUCGGGUUUCACUUUCACUUUCACACUUCUCUUCCUUCCAAAGUUCCAGUAAUGGAGCUCGAGGGUUACUUCGAAGUUACUUUCUUUUCCUUUUAGGCUUAAACAAAUGAUGGUUUGAGGUGGAAAAAUCGGACAAUUUGCUGCAGUGAGUUGCCGUAUUCGGUGUUCCGGUCAGAAUGACGUCCGAGUUACAGAUGAGCCCGCAACUGGAGCAGAUCGAUGGAGAAAUUCAAGACAAUUUCCGGGCUCUCGCAAAUGGUUUCCAGAAAUUGGAUAAGAUCAAAGAUCCAAAUAGACAAAGUAAACAAUUGGAGGAACUCACAGGAAAGAUGAGAGAGUGUAAAAGGUUAAUUAAGGAGUUCGAUCGGGAAGUUAAAGAAGAAGAAAAUGGAAAUCCUCCUGAGGUUAAUAAGCAACUCAAUGAGCGAAAACAAUCCCUGAUCAAAGAGCUAAAUUCGUACGUGGCCUUGAGGAAAACGUAUAUGAGUAGCCUUGGUAAUAAAAGGGUUGAACUCUUUGACAUGGGAGCAGGAGCUAGUGAAACUGUGGCUGAAGACAAUGUUCAAAUGGCAUCAUCAAUGACUAAUCAAGAGCUUAUCAAUGCUGGGACAAAGACAAUGGAUGAGACUGAUCAGGUUAUUGAACGCUCUAAAAAGGUUGUGGAACAAACAGUUGAAGUUGGAUCUCAGACUGCAGUAUCCUUGAAAGGACAAACUGAGCAAAUGGGUCGUAUUGUGAAUGACCUAGAUACAAUUCACUUCUCAAUCAAAAAGGCUACUCAGCUGGUGAAGGAGAUUGGUAGGCAGGUGGCUACCGACAAAUGCAUCAUGUUUUUCCUACUUCUUGUUGUCUGUGGUGUGAUAGCCAUCAUUAUCGUGAAGAUUGUGAAUCCAAACAACAAAAACAUCAGCAACAUCCCUGGGUUGGCACCUCCAGCACCGGCGAGGAAGUUACUAUCUGUGCAAGCUAUGGGAGUCUAGUUCCCUUGUUCAAAGUAAUAGUAAUUCAUAUUCCCCAGUUGGUUGAGAGGAAGAUUGAUCCUCUGGUGGUGGAACUGAGGUGCAGAAGAAAGAGGCAAUGAUUUGUUGAUGGUUCCACUGGGUGUUGCUUGUUUUCUUCCUUACUUUUGCUGAGAUGUUCAUAAUCCUGACUAUGAUUCUUUAUGUAAAUCAUAUAUCGUGAGGCUGUUUUGUUUUCAUCUUUUAACCCUAUUGAGUUGUACGAGUGAUACGUUUCAGUGUAAUUCCUCUAGAUUGUCUUGUAAUACUACCUUUACAUGCAAUAAGGAGAUACAGUCGAUAUAGGAAAACGAA